GGCGCAACAGAGCGGCUCUUUACCCCGCCCGUCCCCGCGCCCGGGCCGGGGCUAGGCCCCCCACCGCCGGGUCCCCCGGGGCUGCAGCAGCAGCGGCGCCGCCCGCGGUUCCCGCUGGGGCCCGGGCGCCGGCCCCGCUCUGCAGGAUGGGCACGGUGCUGUCUCUUUCCCCUGCUUCCUCGGCCAAGGGCCGGAGGCCGGGAGGGCUGCCGGAGGAGAAAAAGAAGGCGCCGCCUGCGGGGGACGAGGCGCUGGGGGGCUACGGCACGCUGCCGGCGGGCAAGGGCGGCAAAGGCGAGAGCCGGCUCAAACGGCCGUCCGUGCUCAUCUCUGCGCUCACCUGGAAGCGCCUGGUGGCAGCCUCAGCCAAGAAGAAGAAAGGCAGCAAAAAGGUGACGCCCAAGCCAGCGUCCACUGGUCCCGACCCUUUGGUCCAGCAGCGCAAUCGGGAGAACCUUCUCCGCAAGGGCCGCGACGGCUCUGACGGUGGCGGAGCAACCAAGCCCCUGGCCGUGCCGGUGCCCACAGUGCCCGCGGCUGCUGCCACCUGCGAGCCCCCGUCGGGGGGCAGCGCGGCCGCCCCGCCGCCAGGCUCCGGCGGGGGAAAGCCGCCGCCGCCGCCACCCCCAGUUCCACAGGCGGCACCACCGGCGCCGGGAGGCUCGCCGCGGCGGGUCAUCGUGCAGGCGUCCACCGGCGAGCUGCUACGCUGCCUCGGCGACUUCGUGUGCCGACGCUGCUACCGCCUCAAGGAGCUGAGCCCGGGCGAGCUGGUGGGCUGGUUCCGCGGCGUGGACCGCUCGCUGCUGCUGCAGGGCUGGCAAGACCAGGCCUUCAUUACGCCCGCCAACCUGGUGUUCGUGUACCUGCUGUGCCGCGAGUCGCUGCGCGGGGACGAGCUGGCGUCGGCAGCCGAACUGCAGGCCGCCUUCCUCACCUGCCUCUACCUCGCCUACUCUUACAUGGGCAACGAGAUCUCUUACCCGCUCAAGCCCUUCCUCGUGGAGCCCGACAAGGAGCGCUUCUGGCAGCGCUGCCUGCGCCUCAUCCAGCGGCUCAGCCCGCAGAUGCUGCGGCUCAACGCCGACCCCCACUUCUUCACGCAAGUCUUUCAAGACCUCAAGAACGAGGGAGAGGCCGCGGCAGGCACCGGGGGUCCACCGAGCGGAAGCGCGUCCUCCACCUCCUCCUCGACCGCCAGGGACAGCUGCGCGACCGGAGCCAAGCAUUGGACUAUGAACUUGGACCGCUAGGGAUUCCCUGGGGCCGUACCCGCCCCCCUGCCCCUGCCCCUCACACACACCCGGAACCCCCGGGACCAUCAAGCCACCGCCGCUAUUACCGCUGCUCUAUGCCCAGGCUGGGCCGAGGAGGAGCCGCCCCUGCCCCGCAGGGGAAGGUGGAGGCUAGGACGCCAGAGGCCGCGGUGUCUGGAUUUGCUGGGCGUGGGGUGGGCGUGGGGGAUGAUCGCGGGAAGGGCACCCCCAACUUCGUUCACCCUUUCCGUCUGUUUGCGCCUCCAUCUUUCCAUUUCUGCCCGGGUCUCCCUCUUCCUUGCUGUGGGUAUCUCAAAGUCCACCACCCUGGGUUUGUCCAGUUCCUCACCUUUCUGUGUGUAUUCAUCUUUCUUCCUGUCUACAGCUCCUUCUCUUUGCCUUUCCAUUGGGAUUCCCUGGCUUUACCCUUCUCCACCUUACCCCCAGCCUGAUGCUACCCCAUGGCCCUCCCCCUUUCGCCCGAACCUGUGUUUCCAUGUACCCUUCUUGUUCUUUUUCCUUCCUCUGGUUAUAUGUCACCACCUCCCCUCCUAUCUGCCUUCACUCUCUGCUUGUGUCAUCCUGCACCCGACCCCCCCCCCCCCAGACUCUACACUCCUUUCCCCAGAUAAAAAGACCCUUAGUUUUUUAUUUGGAUAGACUAAAGUGGACAGGAGACUGCAGUCCCAGGUGCCCAGGCAAAGAUCAGGGUGAUCCUUUCCCUCACCCCCACUGCCUCUCCCCUCCCCACCUUUCCAACGUGUUGCAUGCUGGGAGUUGAGGGGAAAGGGGCUGCUGCCUUCAUUCUGGAGGCUGAGAUUUGAGGGCAAGAUCCAACCGGGUAGACGACCCCGCUUGCAGCGGUGGUGUCUUCCCCGUGAAUGGGUAGAAAGAGAAAGAAAACGCUUCUUAUUCGGGGGGAGGGGCGUUCUCUUCCUUUUCUUUAGAUUUCUUCUUAUAUCCCUUCUUCCCCACACUUUAAUUUAUU